GAUUUCUAAACAGUUUAUGCAAAGGGUCAUGUUUCAUGGAGAAAGAAUCUGGACUGCUGAAACGCGCGGCACGCGUGAGUUGUGACUUGUGAGACGCCUCAGAAAAACGCAACUCCUUUUUUGCUGCGAAGAAAAGGGAUCGCGGGCACGCGACAGGGGCUUCGUCGCUAAACACUACAAACACAGAGAGAGAGAGAGCAACAACAUCUAGCACGCGACACCGCGUCCUCGAUCGGACUCGGAGGCGAACGCUCCCAUGGCGGCGGCGGCGGGCGCGGGCGGCGGCGCAGGAGGGAAGGUGUCCUUCAAGAUCAUCCUCACCUCCGACCCCAAGCUCCCUUUCAAAGUGUUCAGCGUGCCUGAGGCGGCGCCCUUCACCGCGGUGCUCAAGUACGCCGCGGAGGAGUUCAAGGUCCCGCCCCAGACAAGCGCCAUCAUCACCAACGAUGGAGUUGGCAUCAACCCCCAGCAAAGUGCAGGCAACGUGUUUCUGAAACAUGGUUCGGAGUUGCGCCUCAUCCCCCGCGACAGAGUUGGAGCUGCGGUUGUGCCUUCCUAUUAGAGGAUACAAAUGCAUAAUUAAUGAGUGAAGUGAGAGAAAUAAAACUUUGGUGUUAGCUCUGCUUGGUUGUACAAUUGUUAUACAAAGAUAAAUAAGUGAACCUAAUCGUACAUGUCUCCGUUGUAUGCUCUUGUGUGCACUUGGUGGUGCUAGGAAGUGGUUUAUUGUUUGCUUGACAGAAAAAUUGUAGCUGAAAGUACUGUUUGUUGAUC